UUGAACAGACUUCAUUAGAUGGUGCAUUUUUAUGUCAGUCCAACAGGGGGCGGUGACUCAUCUACUGGUUAUAGUGAGCUGCAAAUAAAACAACAGAAGAAGAAGCGUCUGUUUUGCUAGCAGACUGCCAACAUCCGGACGCUGUCGUUAAUUAGGAGAAGAAUGGCAACACCGGUACCCGUGCUUCGCCUCCCGAGAGGACCCGAGCCCAACAGCCGUGGAUUCGACCCAAACUCCCCCCGCUUCAUCGCUCUUUGCCGCCUGUCCAUAACGUCUUCCUUUCCCGCCUCUGCUGCCGCGUCCCGCGCAGGCGCAGACGAGUUGAGGCUGGAGCAGAGCGCGCGUGCGCAGUUGAGAGAACGCUUCCUGCGGUGCGUGCUGGCUACGAGCAACAAGAAGGUGCAUUUCCACAUGCACGACAACGUCAAGGUGGAGGCCACUUUUGGAGCUUCUGAUAUCGACCUGCUCCACUUUCAGGUGUCCGACCUGCACACGCCCAUCGGGGUGCAGAAAGAGGCACUGAUCAGAUGUCAGGACGUCAUUUCAUACAGCUUUGAUUUGUGAAAAUGGCAUUUUUUUGCUACAUGGAACUUUUCUCUCAUUCCACUUUGUUUGGAGAGAAGUGGGGAUGCAUUUUUUUCCCCAGCCUUGACUAUUUGCGCUGACCCUUUUUUCCAACGCAAGAUGGCGCCAUAAGCCUUUGUCUACUGUCCUGCUAUGGAGGAUGUCUGGCAGAUAAAAAAAUAAAAGCUUACCUAAGUGAA